AUGGGCUGCCAAUUGGGUAAAUUGGCCGCCUCCGAGAGGCGCGGCAACAGUGCUGCUCCAGCAGUAACUGAUGGCCCACCUCCAGCCACCGACCCACGGUUGCCUCUCACAGCCAAGCAGAAAUACUCCAUGUUGGCUUCGUGGAAAGGCAUCUCUAGGGCGAUGGAGAAGACUGGAAUCUGCAUGUUUAUCAAAUUGUUUGAAGAAAACCAAGAUCUUCUUCACAUGUUUGAGAAGUUUCGACAAUACAGGACAAAAGAAGAGCAGAUCAAUUCUACGGAGCUCGCUGAGCAUGCCAACAAUGUGAUGAACACACUGGAUGAGGGUAUUAAGGGUCUGGAUGACUUAGACAAUUUCUUCGCUUAUAUCCACCAAAUAGGCGCCAGCCAUAGAAGGAUACCAGGAUUUAAGGUCGAAUAUUUUUGGAAAAUCGAAGCUCCGUUCCUAGCUGCAGUCGAAUCUACUUUAGGAGAUCGUUACACACCGAACGUUGAAAACAUAUAUAAAAUAACGAUUAAAUUCAUUUUAGAAACUCUUGUAGAAGGAUACGAGAAAGCCGGUGCUCCUGGAAACUCCACAACGUGA